GUACAGGUGCCCAGGCAGGUCAGGACUUCGAGCUGCAGCAGCCCCGGGACAAGGUGUGGGUGGCAGCGGGAGAGACGCUCACCCUGACCUGCACAGUGUCCGCUGACAGGCCCAUCGGCCCCGUGAAGUGGCUGAAGGGCUGGGGCAGUGGGAACGAGACCGUUUAUGACCAGAGGGGCACCUUCCCCCGCGUGACGAGGGCAGCGGACGGGUCCAACACAGACUUCAGCAUCCGCAUCAGGGAUGUCGGACCCGAGGAUGCCGGCACCUAUUACUGCGUGAAGUUCAACAAAUCGCUGAGCGGUGAUGAGGUGUUUCGGCGUGGAAAGGGCACGGAGGUGUUCCUGCAUGAGACUUCCCUGGUUCCCAGCAUGGUGGCUGCAGCUGUAGUGCUCUGCUUCCUCCUCUUCCUCACCCUCUUCAUCACCCUUUGCGUGUACAGGAGGAAGCGCAGGGGCGAGGCGGAGAGCCAGUGCCUGGCUGGGCUGGGGGCCAUGAGCAGCUUCUCGCCCAUCCCUCUGUGCUGUGCAGGGACCCCCGGCACCCCCAGCGUGGGUGUCGUGUGUGGCCACGUGCUGCAGAGCCCGGCUAGAGUUUGGGAGGGGAAUUGA